GUAUGCACACCAGUAUCAGUGAGAUUUUGAAGGAGAAAACGCUAAAGUCGUCUCGCCGCAGUUUGCCGUGUCUGGCUCAGAGUCAGACGCAUCCUCAGAACCUCAAUCACUUCCUGUCUGUGCCUCUGAGUCCUGAACCCAAAACAUACACUCACAACGUCAGUGCCUCCUGCACACACAUCACACCUCCUCCCACAGACACUAGUCAGGAUGUCUAUAUGGAAGAGAGGGAGGCGGGGGAGCUUGAGCCUAAAACAGAUGAAACAUUACAUGUCCAGCAGAAGCCAGUGUCCAGAGCAAAGCUAGAGGCCCGCACAGACUCCAUACAGGGGAACAAUUUAGAAAACCCCUCAGGAUUGAUGUUUAGAGAUGGGAAGAAGCGCAUUGACUAUAUAUUAGUCUAUAAGAAAUCCAGCCCUCAGGUGGAGAAGAGGUGCACAUUUGAGAGGAACCUGCGGGCGGAAGGUCUAAUGCUGGAGAAGGAGGUACAGAACAAUGACAGUG